GUCACCCUUAUUCGCGCGGAGCAGAUCUGGAAGUGUGUUGUGAGCGGCAGCAGGAGUUGUCCACAUGUGGAUGAAAGGAAAACACGGUCAGUAUGUCUGUUUGUAGUGAUGUAGCGAGCUCGCGUAUAACUGAUAUGUUUAUUAGCUCCAAAUAUUAAAUUAAGAAUAAUUUGAAACUAAUGGUUGUAAAGGAAACUGUCAGAAAAGCCAACAGAAAAUGAAUCGAGGCCACCUUAACUUCGGCUAGGCUACAGUUAGCUAAUUUCGUUUUGUGAUAAUUAUUUCUAUAUUUUUUUUAAAGCGAAAUACCUGGAAAUAAGUUGGACCUGAAUUUCAGCUGAACAGCUAACGAUGAAGAAAGAAAUAGCAGCGGUGGUAUUUUUCCUGAAGCGGUUGAUAAAGAAGAACGAGAAGUUGGAUGCGGAAAAGGUGGACCUGUUUGUGGUGCGUUUAACAGUAGCAUUGCAGGAGAAGUACAAGGGUCACUGGUAUCCAGACAACCCCAGCAAGGGCCAAGCAUUCAGGUGCAUCAGAGUGAACCGCUUUCAUAAAGAGGAUGCUGAAUUGCUCAGAGCUUGUGCUGAGAGUGGAGUGCAGUACAAGGACCUCGGUCUGCCUAAGGAGCUCACGCUGUGGGUCGACCCUGGAGAGGUGUGCUGUAGGUAUGGCGAGAGGAAUCAUGGUUUCACUGUAGCCACCUUCUCAAGUGAUGAUGAUGAUGAUAAAGAGGAUGUGACAAAGAAAGUGACGAGCGCUGUGGAGAGGGUCACGUCAGAUUACCACUCCGGAUCCUCCUCGGAUGAGGACACCAGCUGUAGAGAGGCCCAGUACACCCCACCUCUCCACAACCACACUCCAUAUCAGCUUGUAUAUGCCAGUGCCCCAGUAUGGCAUUCUGUACCAAGGAAGAAGUUCGGCCCGGGGAAAGGGCAUUACCUUCAGCGGCCACACUACAUGAUCCGCCCCCCUUGCAGACCCAGCCAUUCCUUUAAACCGCACAGCUGGGUCCAGCAGGGGUACCGCAGCAAGCACGGCUACUGGGGCUGCACUUCAAACCUAGUACACCAGCUUCAGUGACCACUGUUACUACAGAAUGAAAGUUUGUUGGUGUCAAUGUGAGGGGUUUUCCAUUGGAAAGUGUUUUUUGAAGUUACCACUAAGAUGACUGACCAAAUUUUAAAAAAAAUAUAUAUUUUUGUAGUUCUGCUGUCACUGUUUUUUGAAUUUGUGACUGGUCAAUUAAAAAAAAAAAAUGAUAACAGUAACUGUUUGCACUUUAGAGUAUUUGUAAUAGAACAUGUAUAAGGUAAACUUCGUACAUAUUGGAU